AUGUCUAACAAUCGAAUUAAAAACGAUUACGUUUUUUGUCAAUGUCUUGAAUGCAUAGCAUUCAGCCCUUCUGGAAAGUGCCAAAGAAAACAAAAUGCAAGACGACAUAAUAAAGAACAUGGUCUGCUAGUUUCUGCAGCCAACACAACAGACAUACAAAAUGAAGAUAUUGAUAUAGAAGACUUUAUCUUUGAUAAUGAUAAUGCAGACAAUGUAAAUUCUGAUGAUAAUGAUAAUGAAGAAGCUUUCAUAUUGGCACAUCAAAAAGAGUCGAUAUUUUUUUCUGAAGACAUCAACCUUGAAUCACUUAUAAUUGAUAGUGAUGAAAUUGAAGAAGGAAAUGCAAGUUUUGAUUUCAAACAAAGCGAGACUUUGGAUGUUGACACUAAGAGUUCUGUAACUUCUAGAGUUCAUGAGUUUUCAGUAAAUAGCAUGCCCAUCUAUAUUCGUUUUUGUGGUUAUUUUCAUAGUCAUAUUUCAACUGAUCUUUUUGGUAGAUAA